CCAGGGGGUGGUGUAAACUUCCACCCGGAGGGCCCCUAGCCGUGCGUGCUGGGUUUUUCAGCCACCGCGGGAAUCGGCUGUGAUUUCAAAGACGGGUUCCAGCCUCCCUGUCUCACCUGGUCAUAUGUGUGAGGUCGGAGCUGAUGUGGCCCUGGAGGGGACCUCUCCGUCUCUCUGUGCUCUAAGAAAGGCCUGAAGAAGGUCUCAUGAUUUCCUUCUUCCCCAGUCCUGCCAUUCUCCCCCAAGAAGUAUCCUGAGCAGGAGGGGACAAUUGUUGUUGCACAUCUAAAAGUACAGAUCAGUCCUGGCUUCUCUGGACUCUGUGCUUUUCGAGUGGAGGAAGCCCAAAGAGGAGAACCAGUUCUUGCGGUUCUACAACCAUGGCCCAUAUGUCCUUGUCAUUCAGGGACGUGGCCAUAGACCUCUCCCAGGAGGAAUGGGAGUGCCUGGACCCUGUUCAGAGGGCCUUGUACAGGGAUGUGAUGUUGGAGAACUACAGCAACUUGGUCUCAUUGGGAUGUUCCUCUCCGAAGCCAGACGUGAUUACUUUAUUGGAGCAAGAGAGAGAGCCCUGGACGGUAAUGAGAGAAGGAACAAGAAGCUGGUAUACAGAUUUGGAGUCUAAGUAUGUCACCAAGAAGUUAUUUCCAGAAAAGGAUAUUUGUGAAAUAUAUCUGUUUCAGUUGCAGAGAGUGGACAAAAGUAAAACUUACAUCCAUGAGGAUACCAUUUUCAGAAAUGAUUUGCAGUGUAAACAUGAGUUUGAGAGACAAGAAGGACAUCAAAUGAGAUGUGCUAGUCAAAUGAUAAUCCAAAAACAUAUACCUCUUCUUCUGCAUCAGAAAAUUCAUGCUAGAGAGAAAUCAUAUGAAUGUAAGGAAUGUAAGAAGGCUUUUAGACAACAGUCAUACCUUAUUCAACAUCUGAGAAUUCAUACUGGUGAGAGACCCUAUAAAUGUAAGGAAUGUGGGAAAGCCUUUUGUCGUGUAGGGGACCUUAGAGUACAUCAGACAAUUCAUGGUGGGGAGAGACCCUAUGAAUGUAACAAUUGUGGAAAGACCUUUAGGCUUCAUUAUCAUCUUACUGAACAUCAGAGAAUACAUUCUGGUGUGAAACCCUAUGAGUGUAAUGAAUGUGGGAAGGCCUUUAGCCGUGUUCGAGACCUUAGAGUACAUCAGACAAUUCAUGCUGGGGAGAGACCUUAUGAAUGUAAAGAAUGUGGGAAGGCCUUUAGACUUCACUAUCAGCUCACUGAACAUCAAAGAAUUCAUACUGGUGAGAGGCCUUAUGAAUGUAAGAUUUGUGGAAAGACCUUUAGGGUACAACGACAUAUUAGUCAACACCAGAAAAUUCAUACUGGUGUAAAACCCUAUAAAUGUAAUGACUGUGGGAAGGCCUUCAGUCAUGGCUCAUACCUAGUUCAACAUCAGAAAAUUCAUACUGGUGACAAACCCUAUGUAUGUAAAGAAUGUGGUAAGUCCUUUAGUUUUCAUGCAGAACUUACUCGACAUCAUAGAAUUCAUACUGGUGAGAAACCCUAUGAAUGUAAAGAAUGUGGAAAAGCCUUUCGUCUCCAAACAGAACUUACUAGGCAUUGUAGAAUUCAUACUGGAGAGAAACCCUAUGAAUGUAAGGAAUGUGGGAAGGCCUUUAUUUGCGGCUAUCAACUUACUUUACAUCUGAGGGUUCAUACUGGUGAGAUUCCCUAUGAAUGUAAGGAAUGUGGGAAAACCUUCAGUAGUCGCUAUCAUCUUACUCAACAUUACAGAAUUCAUACUGGUGAGAAACCCUAUGGAUGUAAAGAAUGUGGAAAGGCCUUUCGUCUUCAAGCAGAACUUACCAGACAUCACAGAAUUCAUACUUGUGAAAAACCCUAUGAAUGUAAGGAAUGUGGGAAGGCCUUUAUUCGUAGCAAUCAACUUAUUUCACACCAGCGAAUUCACACCAAUGAGAACACCUAUGAGUGCAAGGAAUGUGGGAAGAUUUUUAGUCGUCGCUACAAUCUUACUCAACAUUAUAAAAUUCAUACUGGUGAAAAACCCUAUGUAUGUAAAGAAUGUGGAAAGGCCUUUCGCUUUCAGACAGAACUUACUCAGCAUCACAGAAUUCAUACUGGUGAAAAACCCUAUAAAUGUAAGGAAUGUGGGAAAGCCUUUAUUCGUAGCAAUCAUCUUACUCAACAUCACAGAAUUCAUACUGGUGAGAAACCCUACGAGUGUAAAGAAUGUGGAAAGACCUUUAGUCGGCACUAUCAUCUUACUCAACAUCACAGAAUCCACACUGGUGAGAAACCCUACAUAUGUAAUGAAUGUGGGGAUGCUUUUAUUUGUAGUUACCAACUUACCUUACAUCAAAGAAUUCACACUGGUGAGAUUCCGUAUGAAUGUAAGGAAUGUGGAAAGACCUUUAGUCGCCGAUAUCAUCUUACUCAACAUUUUAGACUUCAUACUGGUGAGAAACCUUAUGGGUGUAAAGAAUGUGGGGAUGCCUUUCGUCUUCAGGCAGAACUUACUCGACAUCACACAAUUCAUACUGGUGAGAAACCCUAUAAGUGUAAAGAAUGUGGGAAGGCCUUUAGUGUUAAGUCAGAACUUACACGACAUCACAGAAUUCAUACUGGUGAGAAACCCUAUAAAUGUAAAGAAUGUGGGAAAGCCUUUAUUCGUAGUGAUCAACUCACUUUACAUCAGAGAAAUCAUAUUAGUGAGGAACCCCCAUUCAUAAUGUAAAGAGGAUACAGUGGCCUUUAGAAAAUGCCUUUUAUAACAACAGAAUUCAUAAUUGAUUUAAGAAAGUUUUUACUUGUUAGGGAACAUAUGGGAAUCCCUUUUGCUUCAUGCUCAAAACUUAACAGCAGUAGAUUUAUACUAUAUAUAUUGAUUUAAAGAGUUGAAAAAUUACAGCAUCACCCAGCCUUGGUUAACUUUAGAGAAUGAUACUGCUGCAGUACAUCUCAAACCAAGAUAAAGUGUACCCCUUCCCCCCUCAAAAUUGUUGUUGACCAAUACUUUUACAAGAUACAAUGAAAUUAGAUUACCAGAUACAUGAAAUUGAAAGAAAAACAUACAAAGUGAAAGCCCCCAAGUUUUUAUUAUUGGACUUAACAGACAAAUUAGCUCUGUCAUUUUUCUGUAAAUGUCUCUAAAUAUUUGCUCUCGGUGUCUGUACCUUACUCAUUGCAGAACAGAAGCAAACAACCUGUGGACCAGCAUCAGUACAUGGACCACACUUUAUAUAGCAUUGUAACAGAAAGUAAUUCUGUUAAUGUAACAGAUGUGGGAAAAGACUUCAGCCAUAGCAAAUCUUCACUAUAGUUCUCAUAAUUCCACCCCUGCCUGUGUAGUAUUGGCAAGACACUACUCCCCUCUGUGCUUUAUUUUAUUUUAUUCUAUUUUACUUUAAUUUUUUUUGUGCCUCAGUUUUAAAGUGGUGAUUAUAGUACCUACCUAAUAGUACUUUUGUAAGGAUGAAAUGUUAAUAAAAAACAAAACCUUUAGAAGAGCAUUGUUCAAUAAAUAUUAUUUUAUUAUUAGUGAUAUUAGUAAGAUCAUGUGAAAGGAAGACCCUGUGAAUAUAAAGAGUUUGUAAAAACUGUCCACUACCUUUCAUUUUGUUUACUUAAAUUAAUAAUUAAUUAUGGAUAAAGUUUAGUAAAAUAAACUUCCACUUCUAAAAUUCAGAAGUCAUUUCUGAAAACUAAUGUGAGAAAGAAAUCUCUAGAGUUGAUGGAUAUGGAGAUUAUGAGAGAAAGCUUUUGAAGAAUCAGGGAGAGCUGUAAUGCUUUUUCUUUUAUAAUCCAUAAAGCAGACAUGUUACAGUCUUCUUUUUCUGCCCCAAAUUCAUGAUAAAUUAGAAACUAACAAUGAAAAGGCCACUGUCCAUUUGGAAAAAAAAGAAUAGUACAGGGAACACUGGUAUGCCCUCUCUAGAUUCAGUGAUUGUUAAAACGUUGUCAUAUUUGGUUUGCUUCUGUAUAAUUUUUGACAUUUUUUGCUGUGGCAUUUAAGUAUAAAUAUAGACAUUAUAACAUUUCACCUCUCUGUAUAUAUCAUGUAACUCCUAAGAAUAAAGGCUGCCUCCUACUUAAUCACUAUAUAACUUCACACCGAAGGAGAGUAACAGCAGUACCAUAUCCGUAAUAUUACAGAUAGAUAAGCAGUGCCUUAACCCAACAUAUCUAAAAGAAUGUCUCUGGGAACAGUAGUAUUUAAUGGUACUUGAAAAAUGUUCUGUGGUCACAGAUACUUAUGAACUUCUAAAUACUAAAUCCAUUCUAAGAAAAAAAUGCUAAUUAUCAUGCUAGCAAAGGACUUAAGAGGCCUACAAAAAGAAAAUUUGCUUAACUUAGUUUAUCUUACUGUAUCUUAAACUUUACUAAGGAAGUCCCAUUCACAAUACCUAAUUUCUUUGGGAUGUGAACCCACACUGACAAGGCUGCCAUAACUGAAAAACAGUGACCCUAAAGAUGGACACUCCAGAUAACCAUGGCAGAUGCUUAGCUAUGUUGAGAAAGGAAAUGCAUGAUGUAUUUCUCUGCUGCUCACAUCUCUUCCUCUGCAGUCAGUUGCUUGCCCUCUGAAUGUAGGGCUGAUACUUUCUACAAAAUUAAAAACCCAUUUGGUUUAGUUUUUUAUAUGAACAUACCAUGACAUAUUUAAACCUUCUCUUCUUUUUUAGUGUUUAACAAUUUUUCACUAUUUCAGAUAUACUUCAGUGAAUAUCCUUGUCUGUGACCAUUGGUUUCUGUGAGCUGGAAUUUCUUUAAUUGUACACAUGUGGAAGUAGAACUGCUCAUACAUUAUAUAUUCUUUCAGUUAUGUUAGAUAUUGCUACAUUGAUCAUAGGUCACAUACACUUCCAAUUCUAUUAGAUAUUGCCAAAUUGUUCUCUUAGACUCCUAUCAAAUUGAGUAUUCCUACAGCCUUAUGUUAGGUAUAAGUUUUAAUAAAUAUUUUCAUAAAUUUCAAUUUCAGUUGCACAUUUUUUCAAACAUGUUUCUUGGCCAAUCAUUAUUCCUUUACUUUGAAUUUCCAAUUCUUGACUUUCUCCAUUAUUAUUGUUCUGUUGUUUGUUUGUUUUCUAAUUGACUGGAAUGGCAUUCUGGAUAGUUCAUUUGCAAUUAUUUUCUCCUACCUUAAUUAUAGCAUUAGUUACGUAUCUACUGAACAUUCAUUCUAUUUUUAUGAGACAGAUUUCUAGGUUAUAAAUUGUAUAAUCUGUAUAAUAAGUUUUAUUUAUUAUUUUCUAAUAUUUAUGUUUAUUACUUUUCUUUUUGCGAUAAACUCUUCAGAACAAAAUUGAAUAUUAUGGUGAUAGCAGUCAUCAAUUUCUCUGAAUUUAAUGGAAAUUUCCCAACAUUUAAUCAUUUACCAUAAUGUUCACUCUAUUUGGAGAUAAAUUCUCUUUGUUGCCUCUAAAUAAUAUCCUUCAAUAUUUGUAGGGGACCAGAAGAGACCUACUUUGGUAGUGAUUGCUGAAUUUUGUCCAAGACCAUUUUGUUAUUUAUUGGUAUAAUCUUAUGUUUUCUCACCUUAAAUUUAUUGAUGUAUUGAUUUGUUUUUAUUAGUUCCUUGAUAUAAAUUUAUUGAUGCAUUGAUUUGUUUUUAUUUAAAAUUGAAUUUUAAACAAUUCUGGUCAUAUACCUUGAUUUUUGUCAUACUGCUGAAGUACAUUUGGUAAUAUCUUACUUAGAAUUUUUCCAUCUAUAAUCAUAUGUGAGGCAGUAUUAUCGUUUCCUUUUUCUUUGAUAAGAUUUUAGAAUUCAAAUUAACUGUUCUUUAAAAAUUAGAAACAACUUGUCUCUAGAAUAUGCUGAAUUUUGUUUUCUGUUUUUUGGCCAUGCCAAUUGGCAUGUGGGAUCUUAGUUCCCUGACCAGGGAUUGAACCUGCACUCCCUGCAGUGGAAGUGCAGCAUCUUAAUCACUGGACCGCCAGGGAAGUCCCUGUUGAAUUUUUAUAUAUUGACUAUGUAUUUGAUAUCCUUGCUAUAAAUUCACUUAGUUCUAGAAGGUUUUAUUUUAUUUUUUAUAAAUUAGAGUUUUCUAUAAACACAAUCAAGACACAUUUCAAUACAAAGAUAAUUCCUUUUUCAUUUUCAUUUCCUUUUAUGUCCUUCAAUUGCCUUAUUGUACAGGCAAGGACAGUGUUGAAGAAGCACUCAGAAUGGACCUUGUUUCUGACCUUAGGGAAAAAGCAUUCAAUAUUUUAUCAUAAAGUGUUAUGUUAGCUGUUCAUUUCCAUAGAUAUCCUUACCAGAUUGUGAAAGUUUUUUUCAUUACUAACUUACUGAGAGCUUUAUCAUGAACAGUGUUUAAUUUUGUCAAAUACAUAAAAAGCAACUAUCGACAUGA